CCAAACAUCACACUCACUACAGCAGCAACCGCACUAAGUUUUUUCUCUCUCUCUCUCUCUUUCUCUAAAAAUCAAUCAUACACUUUGAAGUGAUGGCAAGAACGAAGCAGACGGCGAGGAAAUCGACCGGUGGGAAGGCGCCGAGGAAGCAGCUGGCGACGAAGGCGGCACGGAAGUCGGCGCCGGCGACCGGAGGAGUGAAGAAGCCCCACAGAUUCAGGCCUGGGACGGUGGCGCUAAGGGAGAUCCGAAAGUACCAGAAGAGCACGGAGCUUUUGAUCCGGAAGCUUCCAUUCCAGAGGUUGGUGAGGGAGAUCGCUCAGGACUUCAAGACUGACCUUCGUUUCCAGAGCUCCGCCGUCGCCGCCCUCCAGGAAGCCGCUGAAGCUUACCUCGUCGGCCUCUUUGAGGAUACUAACCUUUGCGCUAUUCAUGCCAAGCGUGUUACCAUCAUGCCCAAGGACAUGCAGCUUGCUCGCAGAAUUCGUGGCGAGAGGGCUUAGAAAUAUCUUUUCAUUCAGUGCAAUUGUAGUAGAGAUCCUUCUCUUCGUGUAGCUGUUUUUGUAAUUGAUUUAUCUUUCAUGCUUGGUCAUUCAUGUUAUGUCAACCUGACGAAAUCUAGUGAACAUUUUCUCCAAUUUGGCAGUUAUUUUA